UAUGCCCCUGCCUCCUCCCUGUCUGCUUGGAGCAAAGGCUUCCACAACGACCAGACCCCAGGCCCUGCUGCUUACAUGCAGCCCUCUGUGCUGGGGCCUGCCACCGUCAACAAAACCUCCACCCCUAACUUCUCCCGCCGAGGAUGCAGCAAGAUGGUCAGUUUCCACGAGGACCUGCAGAAGGUCUCUGGCCCAGGGACAUUCAGAGUGGUGGACCCCUGCACCUACAAACAAAAGCCCCCCCACUACAGCAUGACAGGAUGCAACAGCAUGCCUGGAGACACCACCAUGAAACGGCCCGGAGCUCACCACCCUGAACAGGUGACCUUCACCAGGAUCAAACCUCCAAGCUUCACUUUCAAAAUUCAUCAUUCCGAGUUCAUCGCUCCACUCAUCGUGGACGUGGUGUAA